UACACAGCUAAAUCAAAUGUAACUCCAAAUAUUCAAUUAAACAUCUCCAAACAAACAUGGAGUUCUGGAUUCAUCUAACUCCGGAGCUUCUCGCCAUUUCAAUAGUAACUUUGGGAAUUUUAUGGCACCUUAUUUCCAGCUCCUCAAAUGAUGUCCCACCAUUGCCACCAGGUCCCCGUGGUUUUCCCAUUGUAGGCUACCUUCCAUUUCUAAGCCAUGACCUACACAAACAGUUCACUGAAAUGGCUCAAACUUACGGACCCAUCUUCAAGCUUCGGGUGGGAAGUAAGCUUCAUAUCAUGGUCAAUACCCUGGACUUAGCCAGGGAAGUGGUUCGUGACCAAGAUGAGAUCUUUGCUAACCGGAAAGCACCCAUCGCCGCCGCUACAAGCACUUACGGAGGCCAGGAUAUAGUAUGGUCAAACAACAAUUCUUACUGGCGUAAUCUACGUAAGAUAUUUGUUCAUGAGGUCCUAAGCAACAAGAAUCUUGAUGCAUGUAGUUCUUACAGGAGAGACGAGGUUAGAAAAACCAUCAAGAAUGUUUAUGGUAAAAUCGGGACAGCCAUUGACAUCAAUGAGAUUUCUUUCUCGACGGAAGCCAAUGUCCUAACAAGCAUGAUCUGGGAGAACACAUCGGUAAAAGGUGCAAACGAUCGGGAUCUUGCAGCUGAGUUCCAGAUGAUUGUUGCGGAGAUGGUGGAGCUUAUCAGCCAGCAUAAUCUGUCUGAUCUGUUCCCUAGUCUCGCUCGAUUUGAUCUGCAGGGUAUUAAUCGGAAAAUGAAGAAGUCGCUUAAGAAGUUGGAUCGAAUUUUCACAAGCAUCAUUGAUGAUCGACUCGAAUUUAAUUCCAAAAAGAAAGAGGAUGCCGUUGAGUAUGAAGGAAAGAAGGAUUUUUUACAGAUCUUGUUAGAUCUCAAGGAGGAAAAGAAGGAAUCAUCGUUCAACAUCACACAAAUCAAGGCACUUCUUGUGGAUAUUAUGGUUGCUGGAACCGAAACUACCACCACCCUAAUAGAAUGGGCAAUGGCAGAGAUCAUGCAAGAUGGCAACAUAAUGAAGAAGGUUCAAGAAGAAUUAAUACAAGUCGUAGGAUUAAACAACAUUGUGGAAGAAUCUCAUCUCUCAAAACUAGAAUACCUGGAUGCAGUAAUUAAAGAAACAUUUCGUUUACACCCUGUGGUUCCAUUCCUAAUCCCACGGAUUCCAAGCAAGACUUGCAUAGUAGGUGGCUACACCAUCCCCAAGGGCUGUAUCGUCUUUCUAAAUACUUGGGCAAUCCAUCGGGAUUCUAAGUAUUGGGAUAAUCCCUUAAAAUUUGAUCCUGAGAGGUUCUUGAAGAACAACAUGGAUUACAAAGGAAACAAUGUAAGCUUUAUGCCAUUUGGAUCCGGAAGAAGAUUGUGUCCAGGAGUUCCAUUGGCAGAGAAAAUGUUGAUGUAUGUCUUGGCUUCGCUCUUGCACUCCUUUGAGUGGAGGUUGCCAAAGGGUGAACAACAUGACCUCUCUGAAAAUUUUGGCAUCACUUUAAAGAAAAGAAAGUCACUCGUCGCUGUUCCAUCUCAAAGGUUGUCCAAUGUAAAUCUUUAUAUGUAAUUAAUUAAGUUGCUCUUGUGAUUGGUAAAUGGUCUUCUUUCCGUACAA